AUGCAUAAAUAUAGCUCUAUUAUUCGUCCCGCUCUCCUGCCGUCCAACAGAGACCAGUUUGUCGACCAGCCCUGCGUCCUCACCGGGUUCGGCUACGUCAACGCCACCAGCGGGGCGUCCCCCGUGCUAAGGGAGACGACCACCCGGGCCAUCUCCACCGACGCCUGCAACUACUACUUCAAGACCUUUACCGACCCCCCAGAUCCCAGUGCCCACGUGUGGGAGGGACAGAUUUGUGUCUUUGACUCAAGACGUCCAGCAGGUCACAGACCAGGCGCGUGUUUCGGCGACAGCGGCGGCCCCGCCAUGUGUGGUAGACACUUCAAGUUCUUCGCUGGCAUCACAUCCUGGAGCGUCAGCUGUGACGGUGACACACCGAUCACAUACACUCGAGUCAGUUAUUACCUGGACUGGAUCAGAGCCAGAAUACACAACUAACAGCGAACACAUCUACUUCAGAAACUUUGUUAUAUCAUCAAACAAACGAAAUAAAUGAAGCUAUAAAA